GGGCAAAUUGUCCUUGCAAUUUCCGCACGUAUUUCUUGGGAACUUCCUUUAAGAUGUUUAUAGAAAGAGGAAUAUUAAACUUUACAUGCAAACCAACCUCUUCUUCUCUCAUUUAAAUCUGCUUCUUCUCCAGAGGAAAAGAGCGAGGCCUACAACUGCAUAUAGUACAGGUAAUUUUGAGCACUAGCUAUACAGGAACCGGAUCCGAGGGAACCGAGAUGUCGAAGAAAACUAGUUAUAGGAUUCAUCCUGAGCACCAACUCACACCGAUGAAGCCACUGGACCCUUUCUAUUGCACCGCAUGCAAGGAGAUCGGCUUCGGCACCGGCUACGGGUGCUCUCAAUGCGUCGUUCGCGUCCAUAAAGAAUGCAUGAACCCUUCUCUGGCAGCGUCUCUGAAACUUAAAUGGAGAAAGCACUCCUUGAAAUUUUACCCCGAUGUGAAGGCUGAAGAUGGAAAACCCCGAUAUUGCGCUAUGUGCUCCAAACCAGUUAGCGGUUGCGGGUACAGGUCGAGCUCGGGCAAGAAUUGCCACCCGUCGUGCCUGGCACUUCCACAAUCCAUCGUGGUCAACAGUGUGGAACUUCAUCUGGCAUAUAAGGUGAAGUUGAACUGCACAUGGUGCGGCAUGAAGAAGCGUUACAUCGACAAAGUCAAGCUCCCGAGCUGGUCGUACGUCGGAGGGAAGGCCGAGUAUCAUGUGGGCUGUGUGAAGGACAUGGUGACCGAGAGCUGGAGGAAUGGCGAGUUCGUUCCUGCCAAGGAAGGCGAUGGUGUGGGCCGAAUGCAGAUUAAAGUGGACCUUGCUUCUAGGGGUAUAUCAGGAAACCUUGGCAGAGCAUUGGGGACAUUGGCUCUUAGAGGAACAUUAGCCGCGCUUAACGGGGACCCCACUGAGCUGCUUGGUUAGGGGCAUUGCCCUUGAUCAAACAGAUCCAAAGAGAAGCCAAAGUUCUGGGCUUUACAGAAAUUUUCUUUUAUAACACCCUUUACUUUGAAGACACUUUUGUGAAUAUGCUUUGUUAGGAUUGCAAAAA